AUUCGUGCAGGUUUUUUAUUUUUAUUAUUAUUAUUUUAUCUUUUUUGGGGAGGGGAAACGGGGGGGCGUAUGGCAGGAAGAUGGGGAUAUGGCAAGGAGAGGGGGAUAUGGAGAGGAGGAGGAGGAUGUGGACGAGGAGGACGACGAGGAUAGCGAGGACGGCAAGGAGGAGUCGAGAUGGGGGAGGAGAAGAGAUGGACGGAGGGAAAAGAGUAAGGGCAGGAGGAGGAGGAGGAGACAUGAACGGCGAGGAAGGGGAGGACACGAGGAAGGGGAGGGCACGACGAAGGGAAGGAGACGAGGAGGCAUGGAAGAUGAGGAAGCACGAGGAGGAGGAGGAGACAAGGAGGAUGAGGAAGGGCAGGAGGAGGAGGACGAACACGAGGAGGAGGAGGAGGAGGAGGAGGAGGAGGAGGAGACAAAAAGGAGAAGGGAGGAGGAGACAUGGAGGAUGAGGAAGGGGAGGAGUAGCAAGGUUAGUGUGGUCGUCGGGUCUCGAUCCGGAAGGUCUGUCGAGUAGGGGCCGUAGCUGUAGGUUAGUGUGGUCAUCGGGUCUCGAUCCUUAAGGUCU